AUGAAUGAAAUACGAAAAAAUAAGAAAAUAUUACUCGGCAAUAAAGAGAAUGUACCGGACACGGAGCCGUGCCCGUUGCAAAUACCAAUGGAGCAUACAAAACCAAGUAGUUCAAGAAAUGCACAGGAAACUAGUUUUAUGACGUUACAACCUGUAGAAAUGACACCAUUGGAACACAUGGAUGCCAAUACUUCCAUAAAUGCAAACAAUAUUGAUUUUACGGAGUUACAAACUGAAGAAUUAUUUCCAGAAACAUUGCCUAGUGACCCUGACGAUGAUAAUACUGGGUAA